AUGGACGUGAACGAGUCUCACGUGCAGACUCUGUUGGGUAUGGGCUUCCCGUGCGAGAGUGACAUUCGCCGUGCCCUCUUCUGUAGCAAAAAUGACUUGAACCAUGCCGUAGCCAUUCUGACAGAGGAUCACACGGGCCCCAGCUAUGACCAUUUGGAUCAGCUCCAGCUGGGACCCACCACUGCUCCUUCCUCUUCAUCUGUGGGUCGGGGCCGUGGCACCACCACUGACCAGGGUCGACUCACCACCACCACGACCACCACCACUACCACCACCGGAGGAGGAGGAGGGACCUUAGAUUUUCUCAAGCAGAACCCAUCUCAGCGAUAUGAUGAAAACGUUGUCGAUGCAGAAAAAGUUACCAGUGAUGAACCAAUCGACAUGGUUCCACCUCUUAUUCAAUCAGAUGAUGGAACAUCCUAUGAAUUUCCUGUCACAAAUUUAUAUGAAUUGGAAGGUCGUGUGUUUGUGGAACAGUGGUCAAUUCCCUAUCGCAAGGAAGAAUCUCUUGGCAAAUGCUUAUUGGCGUCAACAUACCUAGCAGAUGCUGGUCUUGCAGACAGCAAUGAAGACUGUAAAAGAUUCAUGAACCGGUGUAUGCCAGAAGCAUUUAAAAAGCUGAUGACUUUCCCUGCUGUCCAUCGAUGGACAUCAGAAAUCCAGGAAGGCAUUUACAACAUGUUACAGUUGUUGAUAGACUUGGUUGUUGCCAGAUUGCAACACUUACCUGUUCCCAUUAAAUUGCUGGAUGUACUCAGCAUGGCUUUUGAUCAAGAUGCUGAAUUUCAUUUUAAGAAUCGAGCACGACAAUGUGACAAGUCUUACUGGAAAGAGAAAUUUGGAACUGGAGAACUUUAUGCAAUCAGUAGUUCUGGGACUGGCAAGAAUGAUCCUUAUGGCUGGCUCACUAACCUCAUAAAUCGUUUUGCCUACAAACGUGGCUUUGAACACAUCAAGAAACAUUUGGACCGUGAAGAUUUGGAUGCACCAUCAAUGGCUGCUCUGCUGCAUCCAUUCGGCAUCUGUGCUGAUUUUUUGAAUCCAAAUGUCAUGUUGGAUAUUUUGGCCCCAGGAUUGAAAAAAGCAAUCAAAUAUGUACAGAGUUUGGAAGAAAAGGAUUUUAAAGAAAAAAAAGUUGGCAGUGUUUCUGAUUUAUUGGCUUCUAUGAAGCUUCUAUGCAUGAAUAUGUGGCCUAAAGAUGUGGAAGCUGUGGAUGCUUUGCGACUUGAUGUUGCCCUCAGAAUGUUAAAGUCACCACACUUUAAUGCAAAAAUGAAUUCCCUUAAAGAGGUAUCCAAACUGAUCGAUGAUGCUACAGUUAGCAAAUUAAAAACUGCCAUUCAUUCAGAAAGAAUUCUGGAUUUUCUUGUAGAAAAGCGUGUUUUAGCCAUUGCUCUUGAAGGUAACAUUGAUCAAGCUCAAUAUUGUGACAAAGUCAAAGGUAUUGUGGAUUUCCUUGGCGCCAAGAUAUCUUCUGAUGAACUCAGCAUGAUUUGGAAAAUGCAGAAUGGCCAGUCCAACAAUGUCAUUGACAACAUUCAUUCUAUCAUUGCUGCUGCUGCUGUGAAAUUUGAUGCCCAGCAAUUAGAACAAUUAUUUUUUUUGAUUCAAAAAAAAUGGCAAGAUGACAAUGAUCGUAUCAGGGAAAAACUGCUGAGUUUAAUUGGAAAGAUCGGCAAAGAUGCACGUGUUCCAAAAACUACAACAAGGGUGCUUGAACUGCUUUGGGAUUUGUCCCAUUUACCUGCUCUGUCAACACAUUUGAUUGAACAAGCUCUAAAUGAACAUCUCUUAAUACUCAGUGAUUCCUAUAUUGUCAAAGAGCAAGUCAAAAGACAAUAUGUUAUGAAGUGUGUGGAAGACAUUAAAAAGGGAGCUUGGGUUUUACCUGCAUUAAAACAACUGUUACAUCUCUGCAGAAAUAUUUCUAAACAGAGUUUCAAUAAAUCAGACAAGGGAAUUUUAUAUGAAUUAAAUAAAAAUCAGGAUGUUGUCAAACUGGUAACUGGUAGUUUAAUGAAGUGUCACAAAAUGGCUGCUAGCGUUGAUGGUAUAUUGUCUCCGUUCACUAUAGUUGAUGGUCGAUACACUCAUUCAGAGUAUGUAUCAACACAUUUAAACUUUCUGCAGUAUAUUCUACAAGUUGGAAUCCAAUGUUUGACUUGGAAUCGUGCUCGAGAAAUUUGGAGCACAUUAGUUGCAAAUCAGGAAGCUUGUAAUUGGGAUAAAGAGACUUGUUAUGAAUGGUUCAGUAAAGGCAUUGGUGAUUUAGAGGCAGAAGCUGUAAGUCAACUCUUCCAGAAAGAACUUUUAAAAUUAGAUCCUUCAACGUUGAGUGAAAAAGGAUUUGCUUGCGUAAAGAAUUUCUUUGAAACUGCAAAUUUAUAUGAACAUAAACUAAAAAGAUCCCAGUCUGGUCCAAUGUGGAUUGUUGAAAAGCCUGACCUUUGUGGAUUGGAGUUUCUUUGGGAAACCUGCUUGAAUACACCAGAUGAAACAAUUGCUGAAGCUGCUAUUGACUUACUUUUAGACAUGUCGUAUUCAAAUCUGACGCCAAAAAUGAAAAAGGAUCCUGUCAAUCUUCACAAAAAAUUCAUUACUGAAUGCUACAACAGAUUAGAGGUAUCUAGAAUUGGUAUUGGAGGCUCUGUGUUGGGCCAGGUUCUUUCCAGUGCUACCAAAAUAUUAACUGCUGCUAUUGUUCCAGAUGUUGCUGCAGGAACAUUGCCGUCCAACUGUGCAACUAAAUCUGAAAGUAACCUGGUAGUGUCUGAAAAUCGACGUUUGACAUCCCGAGACCCGAUUUAUUUCCGGCCAGUGAAACUGCUGAACAUUGAACGUCUUUUGUGGAUUGCUGAAGCUUACAUUCUGAAUGUAGAAGAAGCCCAUGUUAGUCCUCGCAGUAUCCUUCCCCAUGGAACAUCCUUCCAAGGCCAACAAAUCAAUCUCUACAUUACUUGUGAAUCACCAAAGCAGGAAUUCAUGUUACUGAGUCACAGUAAUGAAAUGCUGGGACUAGUGAGGUUAAAAGUUGCUUGUCGCCUUCGUCAAUUGGUUGAUAACAUUCAGAUUGUAGCAAAUGAAAAGCUCUUAAACUCCAAUAAAGAUCAAAAAUUACUGCAUCAAUUGGAUUUUGAAGACACCCAAAUGUUGCAGGUCCGCAUUUCUUCUUCUAGUGGCGUUCCCAAUAAUCAGGUGAAGGAAGUUCAAGAAUGCUUCCGAUUUGACCAGCCUUUACUCGCAAGUCCAUCAAACAAGCAAAGUUUUGAUUUGGAGCAGGAGAAGAUGCUUCCUGGAGUGAUAAUGGCUAUUGGAGGCCAAGUGUUUGACAUGCUCUAUCAACUGGCUGAACUCGAAGAACCAAAAAUAACAUCACGAGUUCGCAAGUUGCUGAUGCUGAUUCCAACAGACCCAGCCAUAUCGGAUGCCUUUGACUCAAUCAGCCAAAAGCUUGACUCCAAGCAGUCUUCCUCGUCUGAUGAUGUCAGUCCUCGCUCAAGUCCUAAAAAAGUAUCAUCAUCCUCAUCGUCGUCAUCGUCAUCAUCAUCAUCUUCGUGCUCCCCUCAAUGUUCAGCCUCAAAACAGUCACCUCAAGAAAUCCUCAAAUCUUUGCUAGACAGCACAGGACCAGAAAUGUCAACUUUUAGAUUACUUUAUAAUUUAGAGGUGCUCAGCAGUAAACUGAUGCCUACUGGAGAAGAGGUUGGAGUUCAACACAGCGCACGUAGAUUCUGUGAUGAUUUUCUUGUGGCUGGUGGACUGGGCUUAGUUGUUCGGAUCCUCCAACCUGAAGCUAUAUCAACUGAGGUUUGCUAUUCCAUACGACAGGGCUGUUACUCCAUUUGUCUUCAGUUGGCAAGAUUUCUGUUGUGUGGUCAAACUGUGACAGGUGAAGUGUACCCACCAUCACCUCAGGCAACAGUAAAAGCAGCAACUGGAGGGGCACAGUGGUCAGUCAGUGUCAGUGUGGAAUCAUCUGGGGGAGCAGGAAGUAAAGCACUUCAAACAAUGACAAUGCAGGAUUUUGGUGAAACUGUGGCUUGCCUAAUGCGUAUUACCUGGGCUGCAGCUGCUGGCCGCCUCCAUCUGAUGAGCGUCAAUCAACCAAUCAGAGAGAGCACAGCUGCAACUGGGCGCCGCAGUCGGCAGAGCAGCACAGGUAGCACAGGCAGCACGGGCAGUGAAAGUGAGGGUCAGACUCUGCAUGCUGGUGUGUGUGCUCAGCAGGGAAACUUGAGCACCAAAGAUUGCAACAUUGCACGUGAAGCUUUAGAAAUUCUGAUAACUUGCUUACAAUUAAGAAGUGGAUCUUUAACUGUGUUCUAUUCCUUACCGUGUGUCAAUGACUUUAUCAUUGACAUUCUUGUUGGCUCCACACAGCCAGACAUUAGGAAUGCUGCCUUGAAACACUACUACCAACUCAGCCAGACAGAAGUUUUAAAUAAUGACAAUGAAGAUGUCAGUCCUCACAAGUUUUUAUUAAAAGUCUUACUCAAGAGUCGACUCCCUUUUUGGGUGACAUCCAGUGCAAUCCGAGGAUCAAGCCAAAGGCUUUUAAAUCAGUGUUCUCAAUAUUUUGAUCUUCGAUGUCGAUUGUUAGAAAAUUUAUCAGCUGAUGAUCAGAAAAUUUUGAUGGUGGAUGUGUCAGCCAUGUUGGAAGAUGAAAUUGAUUGGUUAAGUAAUUUUGUCAUUUCUGAAUACCAUGAACUGCGCCCAACGGAAAAUAUGUUGUUGGCUGGACAUCUUAAACUCUGCAAAGCCUUGUUCACUUGUGAAGGAAUUAAUAAGGAAGAAUUUGGUAAAGAUCUUCUCUAUGAAUUGCUGUAUGACUUUUUGUUUCCUGCCUCAAAGCUCAUUAUGGACAAUUUAAAUGAAGCCAGAAAUGAUGAAUUUCUUCAUAAUUUUAAUCCAAAAUGUUCCAGUACAGAAUCUCGUGUUGCUGCCUAUGACCUUCUCACAGAAUUAGCAAACAAAUGUUUAACUAAUAUGGAGCACAUCUGUAUGCAUCUAAUUCGGAUGCACCACUUACCAAAUCCAGAAUGUUCCAAUGAAUGGGAAUACAUGCCUCCCGUGGAUGGCAGAGCAGAAUGUGGAUUUGUGGGUUUAAAGAAUGGUGGAGCUACUUGUUACAUGAACUCUGUCUUGCAACAAAUCUUCAUGGUUCCUGGAAUAUCAGAAUUUAUCUUAUCAAUUGAUGAGGAUAAUCCAGAUGAAGAAAGCGUUUUCUAUCAAGUGCAGCAUAUAUUUGGUCACCUGACGGAUAGCAAGUUGCAGUACCAUGAACCAGAAAGUUUCUGGAAAGUCUUUAAGUUGUGGGGACAGACAAUAAAUGUCCACGAACAACAAGAUGCCUUUGACUUCUUCCAAGCUCUCAUUGACCAAAUGGACGAACAAAUGAAAAAACUUGGCAGAGAGGAAGUAUUCAAAAAGAAAUUUCAAGGAAUAUUUUCUGAUCAGAAAAUUUGCAAAGAUUGUCCCCAUCGAUAUGAAAGAGAGGAGCCAUUUUUUGCUCUAAAUUUGACUGUAAAAAAUGCGACAUUACAAGACUCUUUGGAUCAGUUUGUAAAAGGAGAACUACUUGAAGGGGACAAUGCUUAUUUUUGCGAAAAGUGUAGGGAAAAAAGAAACACAAUAAAACGAAUGUGUAUCAAAACACUUCCUCCAUUGCUUUGUAUUCAGUUGAAACGGUUUGGUUAUGACUGGGAAGCACAGAAGGCAUUAAAAUUUGAUGACUAUUUUAAAUUUCCAUGGGUGCUUGAUAUGGAACCUUACACAGAAGAAGGAAUGGCAAGACGAGAGUCUGAAUCUGUAAAUAUGUGUCUUGAAGAAGACAAUCUGGACAAACAGCAGCAGCAGCAGCAGCAGCAACAACGAGAAGGGAACAAUUCUGUAUGUCAAGUUCAAUCAAAUGAGGCAAUCCAUGUAUCAACCAACACUACUGCUAAUAAGAUAAACUAUGAACUGGUGGGCAUUGUUGUCCAUAGUGGACAGGCUAAUGCUGGUCACUAUUAUUCAUACAUUAAGGAUAGGAGAGGAACAGUUUCUUCCAAUCCACGGAAAGGUUGCUGGUUUAAGUUCAAUGACAUCACAGUUGAAGAAUUCCAUAUGACGGAUGUCAGUCUGGAAGCAGAAUGUUUUGGUGGUUUAUACAAAGCAAAAGUUUAUGAUCAAAGCAUGACUUAUCCUGAAGAACGUAUCCGUUAUUGGAAUGGUUACAUGUUAUAUUAUGAGCGAAUUGAUGAACCGAAAACUCCAGUUUCUGCUAAGAAAACAAAAGUCUCUCUUUCCAAACGGACACAUUUGGAACCAAGCAGACGCAGUCUCAACUCUGACAGCCUUGUUGAACUGACUGAAUUAGUGCAUAAGGGUGAAAAACGUGGAAUGUUUACAGUAAAAAUGCCAGCCAGUAUUGAGCAAGUGAUCAGAGCAGAAAAUAUCAUCUUUGUCAAAAACAGAGAUGUUUACAAUGCAGAAUAUUUUCGAUUCAUCAAAAACCUGGCAGCUUGCAAUACGCCUCAUGAUGAUGCUACAGCCAAUGCCAAUCUCUGUGAAAAAUCAUUACAAUUGGGCAUGAAAUUUUUAUUCAACACUUAUUUUCGGGCAAAACUGAAAGUAAAAGUCGAAUUGGAUGAUUGGGUGACUGUGAUAGAAACAUUGGUGAGUCGAUGCAAAGAUGCUUGCAUGUGGUUGGUUGAAUUUAUGGAUGGAGAACAAGGUUAUGCUUUUAUCAAGUCUUUCUUGCUUGAGUGCCCUAACAAAGAUGUCCGGCUGACAAUGGCAAAGAUUCUAGAACGAAUGAUGAGUAGUUUUUUUCAACAUGGAGGAGUUGCUACCCAUAAAUCUUUUGAUAACAUCCUUGGCCAUUUACUGCAAAUGCUUAAUAAAGAUUUACCUGACAACAUCAAAAAUUGCAUUCAGUACUUUUUGGUCCUCAAAAGUUACGUGCAAAUGUUUCCCAGGGACUGGGGUAGGCAGCAGUCAUCUAGCUCUCACUUCCUCUUUCUGAGUAUCCCAGUCAAGCAAGUUAAUGUGGUCAAGGCCACACUCCUGCACAUCCCUCCCUUUCACAUCUUCCUAGCUCUACCUCAGCCUCUAUGA